AUGGAGCGGGCGGAGGCCUACUGCUUCUCCGCCGCCAUGAGCGGCGCCUUCCUGCUGUCCUGCCUGCUCUUCGCGGCGGUCAACCGCCAGCAGCGCGGGCCGUACAUGGACGAGGCCUUCCACGUCCCGCAGGCGCAGGCCUACUGCCACGGCCGCUUCUCCACUUCCCAGUGGGACCCCAUGAUCACUACACUUCCGGGCUUGUACCUGGUCUCGGUGGGAGCAGUGAAGCCCAUGGCGUGGCUCUUCGGGUGGACAGGCAGUGUGGUGUGCUCCACGGGAAUGCUGAGGUUUAUCAACCUCCUUUUCAGUGCUGGGAACUUCUAUUUACUGUAUUUACUUCUGCUCAAAAUCCAUCAGAAGAAUAAGGCUGUGUCUCGUUUCCAGAGAAUCUUGUCUACGUUAACUCUUGCAAUGUUUCCCACCCUUUAUUUUUUUACAUUCCUUUAUUAUACAGACCCAGGAUCAGUAUUUUUUACUCUCUUUGCUUAUUUAAUGUGCCUUUAUGGUAACCAUAAAACUUCAGCUCUCCUUGGAUUUUGUGGCUUCAUGUUUCGUCAGACGAACAUUGUGUGGACAGUUUUCUGUGCUGGAAGUGUUGUUGCAGAGAAGCUAAAUGAAGCCUGGAAGACAGAAUUACAGAAAAAGAAAGAUGAAAAGAUUUCUUCCAGGAAAGGAUCAUUUUCGGAUUUGACCAGAAUAUUGCAGUUUCUUACUGAAUAUCUCAUAUCGCCUAAAAACUUAGUUACGCUCACUGCUUUAACUUGGCCAUACAUCAUAUUAGUAACCGUGUUCUUUGUUUUUGUCUUCAUCAAUGGGGGGAUAGUUGUUGGUGACAGAAGUAGCCACGAAGCCUGUUUGCACUUUCCUCAGCUGUUCUAUUUUCUGUCCUUUACUGUCUUUUUUUCAUUCCCUCAUUUAUUGACGCCUACUAAAAUCAGGAAAUUCCUUCUGUCAUUACGAAAGCACCCUGUGCUGUACAGCUUAGUCACCAUCAUCUCUUUACUCCUGGUCUGGAAAUUUACCUACGUUCACAAGUAUUUACUAGCAGAUAACAGACAUUACACGUUCUACGUCUGGAGAAAAGUCUUCCAAAGACAUGAGCUUGUAAAAUAUGUAUUAGUUCCAGUCUAUAUAUUUGCUGGCUGGAUUUUUGCUGAUACGCUAAAAUCAAAAUCGAUAUUCUGGAUCUUAAUGUAUUUUGCAUGUUUAUUAGCAGUCACAGUUCCUCAAAAAUUGCUAGAAUUCCGUUAUUUUAUUUUGCCAUUCCUAAUAUAUAGGCUCAAUAUUCCGUUUCCAUCUCUAUCUAAACAACUUCUAGAGCUGGCUUUUUAUAUUGUUGUGAAUGCAGUGACUUUUUAUCUUUUUCUAAACAGAACAUUCCAAUGGCCGAAUAGUGAUGAAAUCCAGAGGUUUAUGUGGUGAAUUUAUUUUUUUUUAUAUACUUUCAUACCCUUGGAAAAAUCCAGUUCUGUUUCAGAACUGUGGACUCUGAA